AACAGAAAACUACGUGGGAAGAUAACUUGACUAUAAAAGCAGUUAGGUCCACCACAGUUAAAAAACUAAACUAACAGGUUCCCAUCUGAGGAGGAGCAGACAGAAAAACCGUUGUAGAAAAAUUCUUUCAGGUGAAGACAAUGGUUUACAAAGUCUGCAAGGGUGGAGUGAGGUCUGGGAACACCCUCCGAGGGCUCCACACCCUCAACUCUUACAGAUACGGACGCCAUGCCUGCCUCAUCGGCAGUUCCAGCAUGACAAGCCGUGACGUCGCCAAAAUGGUGACAUCAAGCACAGACGAUGCCAUGGUUACGGAAACCGUCCAGAAUACUGACGUAAUUUUGUCCCUCAACAAGAAGCAGAGAUGGAAACUCCCAGCUACAAUGCAUCACAUGAUUCGUACUGGCUGCUUUGACCGAGGUGCUAUGGUAUCUGUCCUGGAAAGACACAAGCUCAAGAGACGAGCCAACUGUGUCAGUUUUAUCAGCAACAAGGGAAAGGUCACCUCGGUGCAGCCCACCCAGAAGCGAUAUUUCUCCUUCAAAUUGGAUAACAUUGACGAGGAACAAUCCAACAGGCAAAAGAAGAGGCAGUUGCGUAAAGCGAAGAUCCCGACGACAGAGCCAAGGGAAAUUAAAGACAAGCGUUCUUUUUGGAAAACAGUCCAAGUCUUUACAAAGGCAGGAGAAACCCCUAAAAAUGAAGAUGUAAACAAUAUAUUGUCUAGCACUAAACCAGAAUACAGAAUGGAAAUCUUUUAUCCGUGUCCAAAGACCUGCUCUUUGGCCUUCAACCCCAAGUACACUGACGUCAUGAUAGAUGUCAACGAGGAGGGCAAGCAAGAGAUUAAAGCAGUGAAAAGUCCGGGCAGCAAAAAGCCCAGACGGCGUCAUAGAAAAAGACUGACCACGUCUACUUGGGUCAAGCUGGGAAUGGAAGAAGUUGAAGAAGACCUUAAUCAGAUGUGGGACGAGGUAUAUCAAGAAGACUGUUCUCCCAUCGUUGGCUCUGGAGUCACAGCGGAUGAGAAGGCAGAAACUAAGACUGACAUAUCUGAAGCACAGAAUUUCGAUGUUCGUUCCAAACACAAUGGCAACAAUAUUGAAAAUCUUUGGUCUUCGCUGAUUGCCCAGGCUGAGAAAGCAAGAGAGCUAUGUACACAGAGAGCUGACAGCCCUCAGAAAAGGCCGGUCAGAAGACCACCAGCAACGUCUUUUGACAAGGAAGAAUUGAAACCGCACUUAAAGGCAUUGCCAGACGGUAAUGAAUUCAGGCCACCGCCAAUGUGGCCAAUACUCAGGAGACGAUGGAGAAAUAAAGCACGACAACCCGUGAAAAAACCACGCGUGAGACGAAAACCUGUGAAACAACAACCCGUGGAACAACAACCUGAAGAACAAACGGAAACGAAGAGAAUCCCUGAGUGCGUAGACUUGCUUUCUUUCAGAAUCAUCGCUUCUUCCAAAGAAACGUGCCUCGAAGACCUCCAGAAUAAGUUCGGACACCUGUAUGCAGAGGCUGAGUGCCAACCACGCACAUUUGUAAUAAAUGUAAGUGACGAUGUAAAAAACAUUUUCAAGUCUUCACGAACUGAAAGUAAGAAUUCUGCUUUCAUUUCCUAUCUCGUAUUCACUUACGAAGGUCCAUACGACGAUGGACUCGACUCCUAUAAAGUUGCUUUCAACUCGAAUGUUUGCAAAAACACAGAGCACAUGCAGAAAAACAUACCGUUCCUCACAUUUUCCAUUGAUGAUGUCAUCAAUCAAGUUCUUGAAAUUCUCUUGGGCAAGAAAAGUGAUAAUCUAUUGAAAUUUACGAAAAGAUCAUUCGAAAGUGACAAUACACAUGAUUUAUUUCGAUUCAUCUACGAAAAACUUCAGGUAAAAGUGGAAAGCUUCUACCCCAGCCAAGAGAUCAACAAACUUCGGUUUACAGAACUGGAGCAGAACAUAGACUUAUUUUCCAUGACCCUGAGUCAGCUAGGGUCCUCUGGGGAAGACUUCGACAUUUUCUGUCAAAUUUGUUACGAGAGUGUGACUCCAAGUCACGUGGACAGUCUCCCGGGUACGGCACUGACGAAAUGCGGUCAUGUCUUCUGCAACAACUGUUGGAAAACUCACAUUCGAACCAGACUGACAGACGGAGCGGUCAAAAUCUUGUGUCCCGGAUAUGACUGUGACGUCACUGUAGGUCCAGUGACUCUCCUUUCUCUCGUUCACGUGUCAGAAGUUGCUCAGCUGCUGCAGCGACAGAAAGAGGAUGAAGUGGAGACAUCAGAAGACUCUAAGUGGUGCCCCAACCCGAUAUGUGGCCGUGUUAUCAAGACGGAGGCCAAAGCCAUAACCCCUGAUAUGUCAUACGACGUGAGAUGUGCUUGUGGAUUCAGAGUCUGUUUUGCUUGCCUCGGUUCUGCCCACUGGCCUGCACAUUGUGAACAGGCUGACGAGUACACAGGCAGAUUGUACGAUAUAUCGCUACCGAAAGAAAUGGAAGACGACCCCACAGAAAUCACACCCUCUCCUGUUCAACCUAAGCCAAAGGAGAAGCCUGGUGCCAUGCGUAUUGAAGGAAGACUGUGCCCAAGAUGCCUGAGGUUCAUCGAAAAGAAAGGCGGUUGUCCACAUAUGUAUUGUAAAUGUGGGCAUCAAUUUUGCUGGACGUGUCUAGCUUCGGCUGAUAACCACAUUGUCUGCAAACCUGAUUUUGCAUACCUGUACAAAAUGACCAGGACAUUGCUAGUGAGGCAUGUGCCACGCCAGGCUAUGGUUCAACCCUUAGGAGUCGGAGCAACGCCAGAGGAACCAAGAAGGACCUGUGGUGGCAGGAGCCGAUUUUCCAUGUACCAGCGAGCGCUGCAGCAGAGACUUGAGGGAAAUCAUCAUCUUUCGACAAUGAAGAUCAAAGCCCUGGCCCAUGCGAUCGCUACUGCAGCCUCCAAAGACGAUGAAUUGAAGACAGAGUUUCUGGCUCUGCUCGAUGUGGACCAGAACAGUAGCACUGGUGACGAUGAAUCCGUCUUCUCCACCACCAAGCACGUGACAAGGUUCCUCCACUCUUGUCGAGCAAGCAGAAGCGCACUGCAUCAUGUGGCCGAGUUCACCUUCGUGUUGGUCCACGACGUUCCCCAAUCGGCGGACAGGCGCCGGGCUCUGGCCUUGGCCAACGACAUUUCUGGCUAUUCCAGCUUUAUUCGCUCCAUCCUGGAGGGCGGUGUGCCCCAGCAGCCUCUGACAGUGGUCAAACGAUUGCUGGACAUUCAGAUGUGGAUCAGACGAGCUGUGGGCGCCCUGCUGAAAACUGCCAACAAGCUCAAAGCCUCAUAACUUUUUUAGUGUAGGAGUUUGGAAGCAAAAAUACUAAUUGAAAUCCUCCCUUCUCAUCCACAUUAACACUCACACAUACGCACUCACUCGUAUUUUAGAAUAGAAAAAAACUUUAUGUUGACUAGGUUAUAUGCUUCC